CAGACUAAUUGUAGUAGAUGAUUGAAAAUCUCGAUAGAGGGCGUUCUUUUCUCAGUGUGUUCUGUUUCUUGUAUGCAUUUUAGGGGACAAGCCCCUUUAAGUCAAGAUGGGGGCAUACAAGUACAUGCAAGAGUUGUAUAGGAAGAAGCAGUGCGAUGUGAUGCGCUUUCUCUCCCGUGUACGCACAUGGAACCUGCGCCAGUUGUCAUCGGUUCACCGUGCAUCCCGACCAACACGUCCCGACAAGGCCAGACGUAUGGGUUACCGGGCAAAGCAAGGAUACGUCAUCUACCGUGUGCGCGUGCGCCGUGGUGGACGUAAGAGGCCCGUACCCAAAGGUGCCACCUACGGUAAGCCAACCAACCAGGGUGUGAACCAGCUGAAGUUCCAGCGUAGUCUUCAGUCAGUUGCUGAGGAGCGUGCUGGACGUCGUUGCGGCGCCCUCCGUGUCCUGAACAGCUACUGGCUCUGCGAGGACUCCACCUACAAAUACUUUGAGAUCAUCAUGGUGGAUCCCUUCCACAAGGUCAUCAGACGUAACCCAGACGCCCAAUGGAUAAGCAACCCAGUUCACAAGCAUCGUGAACUCCGUGGGCUCACAUCAGCCGGCAAGAAGAGCAGAGGUAUUGGCAAGGGACAUCUGUACAAACAGACCAUCGGUGGUUCACGCCGUGCUUGCUGGAAGAGACGAAACACCCUCUCCCUCAAACGAUACCGUUAAACAAAAUCAUCAUCAUCUUCAAACUAGCAUACCAAUUACAGCUAUACAAAACAUACUUCACAAUCCAAGUACUUUCUGGAGACAGCUUUUAAGGUGGGACGUUGCGUGGGUUUUAUCUUGUCUCUGAUAAUGUUGGAGACUUGUGUUAAUGAGAUACGAGUUGCAAAUGUUAGGGACUCGCACUGUUUAUAAAAAACUGAAUAAUGAGAUAAUAAAAAACCUGUCGAGAGGAAAUAACACUGA